AGAAACCAAAGGAUAAGCCAUUAAUUGCUAAAAGCACUACACCACAAAUCAAAGAAUUUCAAAUUAUCAAAGUUAGUAGAAUAAACCCAACAAGUAAACAUGAACAAAAGAAGAGAGUUAAACAUAAAGACCAAGCAAUUGUUACUAUUGAUGAAAAGGACAUACAUGUAAGAGGUGCUGACAAUGAAGACCAUACUGAUGGUCAACUACAAGAUGAGGAUGAACCUGUGAUUCCAAAUGUAAAACUUUUAACAUUAGCCGAGUCUUGCCUUUUUACAGCUGAACUUAUUCCUAUAUACACAGUUUUUACCAGUAUAACUCCACCUUCAUGUAGCUGCAUGGCACGUGGUGGACCAUGGACAUUUUCUUUAUACGGUUGAUUUAAUCAUGGACCAGAAGUCACUUAAGAAUUUAAUCAUGGACCUUAGUUCUCUGUUGGAAUGUUUGUAACGGCCAUUUUUUAGAAUGGCACAUAGAAUUAGAUUUUAAUGUGCAAUAUUUUCCAU